AACAGGAGGAGAGCCGGCCGGCGCCCGCAGCCCCCCAAAACAAACACGAACCAAAGUGUCGAGUCGAGUGCUGUGCUGGCCGUCGAGAUUUCGCCGGCAUUCGUUUCAAUCCAGAGCGCGCGGCAUCGGCGAGUUCCGAGUGGAGCGUGGGUGCGAUCUGGUGAUCGGGCGGCGGAAUGGUGGUGCCGGAGGCGGUGGCGCUGGAGAUACCGGCAGCGGCGGAGGAGGGGUCGCCGCCGCCUGCCGCCAGGGUGCCGCCGAGGAUCAGGCGGAGGCUCCUCCGGGCGCGGGAAGGCGGAGGCACGGCGCCGACGGCCGAGGAGAUCGAGGCCAAGCUCCGCGAGGCGCAUCUCCGGAGGCAGCAAUUCCACGAGACACUGUCCUCCAAAGCAAGGCGCUCAAUUAGGAGCCCUUCAGGGUCAUCUCAGAAGGAGGAUCGUGGGCAGCUCCUGGAAGCAAAGCUUGUGGCCGCCAAGCAGAAGAGGUUGAGCCUCUUGGCAAAGGAACAGAGCCGGUUGGCUAAGCUGGAUGAGCUGCGACAGGCUGCUAAAAAUAAUGCUGAGACGAGGUUUGAGAGGGAAAGGGAAGAACUUGGAAUGAGAGUUGAAUCGCGGGUUCGGCAGGCUGAGAAGAACCGUAUGGAACUCCUGCAUGCACGUUUGCAGAGGCAGGCUGCAUUGGAGGAGAGGACAAAAAAGUUCUUUGUGCAAAGACUGACUUGGGAGAACAAGUACAGGGAGCGUGUACGUUCUGCAAUCCUGCAGAAGCGUACUGCUGCGGAGAAGAGGCGAUCAGGGCUGCUGGAAUCUGAGAAAAGACAGGCGCAGGGUAGGCUCUUGCAGGUCCAACUUGCUGCCAAGACUGCCUCUAGCCAGAGAGAAACAGAGAGGAGCAAGUUAAAAGAGCAAUUAGAAGACAAACUUCAGAGGGCAAAGCAACAGAGGGUUGAGUAUUUGAAGCAGCGAGGAAGUCCUUAUGGCUCUAUACGCAGCAGUUCGGUUAAAAGUGGAGAAUUUCUUUCAAGAAAACUGGCAAGAUGCUGGAGAAGAUUCAUAACUUCUAGGAAAACAACAGUGGUGUUGGCUAGGGCGUUCGACUCGCUGGGGAUAAAUCAGCAAUCUGUUGUGUCUAUGCCAUUUGAAGAAUUAGCUAUAUGCAUUGAAUCUCCCACAGUCCUUCAGACCACUAAGGCGUUGCUUGAUCGGUUGGAGAGUCGUUUUGUUCUCUCUCAGUCAUUUAGUUCAUCAAAACCAGAAAAUAUUGACCAUCUUCUAAAGCACCUAGGAUCGCCGAAAAGGAGGAUCCUCCCAAGCAGUGCAGGAAGAAGUAAAGUAACGCCCAAAAAGGCAGUUAGAAAUAAUGACUCUAGCAAGGUGCCUAGAUAUUCGCAAAGGAUUGCACUUUGUGCGUACAUGAUACUAGGUCAUCCAAAAUCUGUUCUUAGUGGACAAGGUGAGCGAGAGAAAUUGCUUAUGGACUCAGCAACAAACUUUGUGAAGGAAUUUGAACUGCUGGUUAAAACAAUACUCGAUGCCUUAGACGGUGCAUGCAUAUUGAAGCAGUCAGAGCUAGAUGUUGCCUCUCCUGGAUGUUCUAGUUAUGAGGAGUCCUCUUCCAUUGUUGCUGAUCGAAAGAAAUUCAGAACUCAAUUGGUUGCCUUUGACAAAGCCUGGUGUGCUUAUCUUUAUCAUUUUGUGGUGUGGAAAGCAAAAGAUGCUGAAUCACUAGAGGAAGAUCUUAUUAGAGCUGCAUGCAGGCUUGAACUGUCAAUGAUCCAAACAUGCAAAAUAACUAAUGAAGGGCAAUCAGAUAACUUUCGUGGUAAUUUGAAAGCCAUUCAGAAACAGGUUGCAGAAGACCAGAAACUUUUAAGGGAGAGGAUUCAACACCUGGGUGGUGAAGCUGGUAUUGAAAGAAUGGAAUCUGCUUUAUCCGAAACAAGGUCAAAGUUCUUUCAAGCAAAGGAGGGCACGAGCUCCAUUGCAACUACAGUUGCAAAUAUAGCAUCUCCUUCAGUUGCAUGUUCUCCCGGACAGUCUACUGUUUCUGAAAUUAGGGAGAAUUCUAACAUGGAUGCUGAAAAGACAAAUCGAGUUGUCAACUGUCUGUUUGGGUCUUCCUCAUCACCAUCUGACAGCAGCAAAGGAGGCAAGCUCACACUGAGCUGUGCAGUGCCAGAAAAAAUGCCAACUGAAAAUGAACAAAUAGUCAAUGAGAUACUUCAUGGCAUCCAUGGCUCUUUUGCUGACAUCUCUGAUGGUACUGGUACUGUUGAAGGCGAUUUCAAGGCAAAAGUCAAGGAAACAAUGGAGAAAGCUUUCUGGGAUGUGGUUGAGGACUCGAUGAGAGGAGACAUGCCAGACUACAGUUAUCUGGUCAGCCUGGUAAAGGAAGUCAAGGAAGCAUUGCAAGAGUUAGCUCCUACAGGGUGGAAAGAAGAAAUAAGUGAAAAUAUUAACCUUGAAAUUUUGACCCAGUUACUUGCGUCAGGCUCCCAGGACAGACAGUAUCUAGGACAAAUUUUGCAGUACUCUCUGAAUAAGCUGCGAAAACUAUCUUCUCCUGCAAAGGAAGAUGAGAUGAAGGAGAGUCAUGAUAAAUUGUUGGGAGACCUGAUUGAAGACCCUGAAUCUAAUUUUGGAGAUCCAAAUUCAUUUGUUGUUUCUGUCAUGAAGGGUUUGCGCUUCACUAUGGGAGAAUUAAAGGCUCUAAAGGCUGAAGUCAGUAGAGCACGCAUCCAACUAUUGGAACCAAUCAUCAAGGGAUCAGGUGGAGUGGAGUAUCUGCAGAAGUCUUUUGCCGAUCGUUAUGGCUCCCCUUCUGAUGCGUUAGCUUCUCUCCCUUCAACUGCCUGUUGGAUUUCAUCCGUGAAAGAUAUUGUGGAAGAACAGUGGAAUGAACAUGUCAGCUCGCUAUCAAUUCUACCAGCAGCAAACCAUGUCCAGCCACUUGUUGCCACUCUCCGAACUGGGCUUGCAGUUCCAGGUCAUCUACAAUCUGCGAUAUCUGCAGCAGGCAGUACAGAGCUACCAGAAUGCACAGGAGAAGGACUUGGCAGGUUAAUAAGGAUCGGGUUAUUGCAACUCAUCAGCAGCACGGAGGGUCUGCAAAGCCAGACAGUUCCUGAGACCUUUAUGCUCAAUUGGAUGAGGUUGCGGUCUGUUCAGAGUAAAUUCCAACAAGUGAUUGUGAUAGCAACAAGCAUGCUUGUCAUGCAUCAGGUCUUAGUGAAUGAGAACCCGAAUAUAUCUCCUCCAGAACUGGAGAAUGUAACCUUGGAACUAUUCAACAUGCUCACCAGUCUACUAGACAACUUUGUAGAUGUUGGUACUGAAAAGAUCAUUGAGGCGAUGAUGCAUUCAUCAACCUCAACGAGCUCUUCGUCAAACAAAAUGAUUGAGACCAGGAAGCAGAUUUUGACUAGGGUCUUCCUUAAAAGCCUCCAGACCGAUGACACUGUCUUCAAGAAGGUCUCUCAGUCCGUGUACUGUGCGUUCCGGGCAGUCACCCUGGGUGGCAGUGGGGAGAAAGGCAGGAAGCUGGCCGAUGCAUCCCUGAGGCGCAUCGGGGCAACAAAACUCACUGAGCGAGUAGUGAAGGCAGCUGAAGUGCUUAUGAAAGCAGCAAUGGUGUCAGAACAGGUCCAUGGCCCGUGGUAUAGGCAGUUGUUGUGAAUGUUUCAAUCACUGAAUCUUAAUACGAUUGUGGCAACAGCAUUGUACAGCGAUCACAAGAGUUUGGGGGCUCAGAUCGGAGUAUGAAGAUUUCAAUCUUCUUGGGGCAGUAUGAAUAAUGUCUGAUGCAGAUCAGAAUACGGCAAGAGUUCAUCCUUGGGAAUGCAUGUCAGAGGGCGAUGUUUGUGUGAAAAAUGGUACGUUCAUCGUGUUAUAGCUGAACAAUAUGCUUGGUUUGUGCGAUUGCCGUGUGAUGUUUCAUAUAAGCACUAUAAGCGCAUUGUAUAUAUACACGAAACUUAUACAAUUCUGAAAUGCUCUCAAGUACCAUGUAUAUAUCUUCCAUCAUCAUGCACUA